UCUCUCCUCCCCCCCCCCACACCCCACCCCCCACAAGAGCAUCCACACUUAGAGCACAGGCCAGACAAGCAGCCAUUCAGAGAUCACAAUCUGCUCGCACUGUAGCCGAGCGACCUUCAAAAGUAAAGCAGGGUGCUAACACUUCCACAGACGAGGAUUCCCAUUCUAGUGGGAGACGCACAACCCCCAUGGCCUCCUUCACCCGAGGUGCAACAUUCACCCGCUCCCUCUCAAGACCUGAGCCGGCUGGCCGUGCGCGUCCCCACACCCCAACUAGAUUGCCGGGGGCAUCAUCUCGGCCACGUACCCCAGGGCCCACGGAGUCCUCUCAGCUACCUAGGAGGGCAGCCACCCUUAACCGCACAGCCAGCCACACUACCACUGGGAGCUCAGCCUCAGAGGAUGAGGUACCAAGGAAAAACAGCACAGCAUCACGAGGUCGAGCUCUGACCUCCCUGAAUGAAGGGUCAGGAGAUGCUGCAAAGUUUGCUCGGACUCAGCCAGCGGAAGCGCGGUCCCGGACUCCAACGAGGUUCGCAGAGACACGUGGUAGUACCUCAAGCCUUGUUAGGGCAGGGCGUACCCAGCCUGAGACUCAGGCCACGCCACCUGCCUUCACAGAUAGUGGUUCGCACACACCCAGGACGCCCAGAAUUGAAAAAGGUGAACCAAGGAAGCAGAGUGAUGCCAAGAAUGGAAAUAUUAUCCCGCGGUCAAGGGGCAGCACCAUGGGGCGGAGGUCCACUCGGUCACCCAUGAGAGAUUCUGGACGUCCCAUGGGGCGGACAGGGAGCCCCACACCCACAGUGACUCAAGCUUCCAAUGCAGCUGAGAAUAUAAGUAGAUCUUCCAGUGUAACUAAUAAACCAAUGGCAAGCACUACCACACCACCGAGUGUUGGUAGUCGCUCAAACACUUUUUGCAAAGAUAACACAGGCCCUAACCAGAAACCAGUCGUACCCUAGCUUUGUUUGCAACAUGCCAUGUGCUGUUAGUGAAACUCAUUUUAUUUUACCAUUCAUUAAGUGUCAAUGAAGGAAUGUAAACAUGUAUGACUAGGGUCCUAGAAUAGGGAUGCUGGACAUUAUGCACUAUUAUGCCCAAACAUUUACUAUAAACUUCUGAUAGAAACAUUGGAUUAGUAAAAUUUAAAACCACUUUAGAAUAUUGUGCCAUAUUAUAUCCAAUACAGUACUGUAAGCAAAAGACCAGCAUAUCUAAAGGUCUUUACUAAUCCAAUAUUGUAGAUCCUCAUGUGGUUUUACCACAUUUUUCCUCUCAUAAGCCCAAGCAGCCUUUAUAACUGCCGCUAGUGGUCGUCCAAUUGAGUUCCGUGGUUUUUCUAGUCAACCAGUUUUCUCUACUGUAUUUUGAUGGAAUAGCUUCUUGGCCUUUUGGAGAUUGACCUAGAAAUACCAUGUUGGUUAAGUAUUCAGUUCUCAAUGUGUUUUGAAGUACUACAAUGACAGCAUUCUAUGUUUUGGAUUGUGUUGAGUUUCAGUGAAAUGAUUCUGUUUCUAUGGGUCAUAAGCAUUUGUGAGCUAUAUAAAUACAUAUAUAUAUAUAUAUAAAAUUGAAGUAUAUAUUGGCUUCAUAGAUGUGGAAAACACAGCAGAAAAUGAAAAACAUUAACAUAUAAUCUGCUUGCCUGAGGCCUUGCAUUGUUUUCCCAUGCAGAGGCCCCACAAUGUUGACCUUUUUUGUAUAAAUAUGAAUCUAGGUGCUUUGUAAUUUAAUAGCUGCUAUGUACCAAAGAUGAGGUCACAAUCUUCAUUUUGCUAAGGUUGCUUUUCUGAUGUCUGUGAUAUUUCAAUAUUAUAAGUAUUUUGUUAGUUAUUUGAUAAGAUAGCACAUGCACAAAUUAUAAUUAUAUAUUUAGUUACUUUUUUCAUGUUUGUACAUAAAGCCUGGCUAUGGCUGUAUUGCUUAUAGCUGGUAACUCAAUGACGAAUUUUUAGUUUGAUAUAUAUUAUCAGAUGUGAACAUAUUUUGUUGAUCGAUCAUGUACAGGAAUAUCUGGGAAUAUUACAGUUUUAAGUAAUUUCACCCAAGGACAAACCAGUGAUACAUUGAUAAAUUGUCUCAAACCCUUUCUAUUUUAAUGUGAUGAAGAUGAUGUAUUGUAUCAAGUUACACAAAUAUACAUCAACAUCAGGUGAAUCUAAUUAAUGAAAUAACAAUAAGUGAAUUGUAAAUCACCUUUUUGAUUUUAAGAGAAACUGUACAUCUGGACUGUUAUAGCAAUAUAAUUAUGAAUGGAAACUGGUUUUGGCCAUUGUCAGAAAAUUAGUGCAUUAUUUUUCAUCACAAAAUUUGAUACAAAAUAUGCUUUAUUAUCAGUCCUCACUUGUACAGAUCUCUUAAAAAGCAUCAAAUGAAUUUAAAUAUAUUAAAAAAUGCAUGAAUAUCAAUAACUAAGCUAACAUUAUGAUAUCAGUGACCCAUUAUGAUUUUUAUACAGGUUUAACAUACAGUAUAUCAUGUAAGUUACAUGGUCAGAAGUACUCACCUGACCAUAGUGAAUUUACAAACCAUCAGUAUUGGCAAUGCCAUUAUCAGUUUUAAGAGCUAUUUUUUUAGGCAUAUGAAAAUAUAUUUGUCCCCCCCCCUUUUUUUCUUUUAGAUUAGAAUUUUCAGUCAUUAUCUGUAAAUAUUUUCAUUGUACAUGACAUAAUUAUUGCUUGGUCAGUUUCAUUUGCAUCCAAGUAUUAUUGCAUUAACUUUAGGAAGUAUAGACUUCAUUCUCUAAGAUAUACAUUUUCCCUCCUUUUCCUUUGAAUAAGGAAAUGCAAAAGUUUAACACUAAUCCUGAAAGCGGAAAAAAUACAGUAAAAUCAAUCUCAGAUCAACAAUACUUUCUAAAUAAAGAGGUUUUGAAAAUGCAUGUCAGUUAUGAAAUGGAUCUAUGCUAUUGGAGCUAUUCUUUACUGUCAAAAAGAGAAAAGGUUAAGGUUAUUUGCAUUGUGGUAAGAGCCAUUUUGAAGGUUUGUAUCUUUGUCAAUAGUUUGUAAUAUAUGAUUUUGUGAUAUUAUUCAUAAAGUAUUAUCUUUAAUGAUUAUGUAGAAAUACUUAUGUUUUAGAUAUACAGUAUUUAUUUAUUAUGAUUUUCAAAUAUUUAUGAAUCUUUAUAGUCUGUAUCAUUUUGAAUAUACUUGAAUAUGUAAAUUCAAUUCUGAGUUCAUGCACAAGUUCAGUUAAAGAUUAAUUUUGAAAUUUAGAAUUAUUUUGCAGGUAAGGUUGAUAAAAGAAUUAUGUUUGCAGUUCUUUUUUCUUUUCUUUUUUGUUAUCUUGAAGAUUGGUGAUUCUUUGUAUUCAUAUAGCUAUUAUUUCUAAGCAGAAUUAAUCAAGACAAUUAUUACUGAAAGAUUUUUUUUAUUUAUUAUUAUUUUUUUUAUUUAUUAUUUGGUCAGCCUUUUUAUUUGCCUCAUUUUUUGUACAUUCUUAUAUAACUAUUUUAAAGAAUAUGGAUUAUUUCUUGAUGGUUCCCAGAUGACUUUCAGUAACUGAUUUACAGAAUUUGAGAUGAGCUAAGAAGGAGGAUACUGGAUUGGGUUACAGUUCAGUCUAUCUCGCUUUAUUUUAUACAAUGAUUGGAAUCAUAUUUAUAUUUCACAUAAAGUGCUUUAGCUUUUGAAAUAUCUUAUUAUAAUGCUGUGUUGAGUGAGAUGCCUUUAAAUAUUUUCCUGAUUUUUAAUGAUUUCUUCCACUUUCCUCUUAUUCCAAGACAAAGGCAAAGUAUAUAUUGGUUCUAAAGCAAUGUGAAUUGAACUAGGUGGUAAUAAAAUGAAAACUUAUCAGGGGAAGCAUUGUAUAAGCUGCUCCCCCCCCCUUCUAAAAAGAAGGAAAAAAUCAGCCUUUGAAUCUCAACUGGUUUAUGAUUAUAAUAUGUCAAGUUGAGUAAUAGCUUAAUGCAAAUUCCAAACUAUCCUGCUUAUUAGGAAAGCAUUUUAGGUUUAAGCAAAAGCAAUUAUUACAUGCAAAGCAUUACAUCAUUAAUAAUUUGGAAGGGGAUUAAAUAGAUAUAUGCUGACUGUACAGGUGAGUACUUUUGUUCAUGUGUUAAUCUUAAUAGAAAAGAAAGAUUUUGAAAAAUCUGUUUGUAACUGCCUUUUUGCAUUUGAAAAUUCUCUUACCUAAACUUAAUUUCUCCCAAUCUUGUGCAUAUCACUACCUACCUUGUCAUUGCUUUACCUAUAUAUCUUAACCCAUUGAAGUGUCGAUUGGCUGCUUUCUGCCAUGAUAGUAUGCAAGCCUUUCCCUCCUUUUGUGUGAAGAGUGGAGUGUAAUUGUCCUCUACUACUAGUCCCAUAGCCAUUAAUGUGAAUCAGGGUUGUCUAGUGUCACAGAUCAAUAAUAUAUGAAUUUAGCCAACCAAAGUGCUAUUAUUAGCCCUUUUCCCUAUUCUUUGUAGUAGUUGUAGUUAAAAGAUUUCCACUAGAAAUAAAAUGCAUUUUAUAGUUUGCAAACAAGUACACUGCGAUGGGUAUUGGAAAUUUUGAAAGUCAUCUGAAGAAACAAGACAGUACAAAAAAGUUUCAUGCAUAUGGAGAGUAGGUAUGGACAAAUAUAUGCCGCCAUAUUAAUUUUCAGUAAAAAAAGUAAAAUUUGGAUAAACUACAAUGUAGACUUUCACCAACACAGUAAAAGUAAUAAUAUACAACAUAUUGACACAAAAGUCAAUAAUCAAAAGGUGUAUUCUAAGUCUUGUUCAAUGUUGCAUUGGGGAGUGUUUCAGUUAAAAUUACUAUUGCAUAAAAGGGCUUUUUUUUUUCUUCAAGGAUAUUUUAUGCCAUGCAUUUGUGAAAAAUCAUCUUUGUACAAUGUAUAUGUUGCUACUACACAAACACUUUUAAUGGGUAAUGAAGAAUAUUUUACAAUCUCAUUUUAUUUUAUGGGAAAAAAUAUGGUACCUACGGAUGUCAAAAGGAUAUGGGAUAUCUGGAUGACUGGAGACUGUAAGCAUCAACUAACAUGGGUCAAAAAAAUAAAAAGUCUGUUCUAAGAACCGACUUCACUUUGGACAUCCAGCAAGACUCAAUAUAUUCAAAUCAACCUUAAAUCUUAGGUUCAUAUUUCCAACACAUUAUAAAACCUAGAAAUCUAUGUAUGGGACACAGUACCCUUCUUAUCUUCAAUCUACACAAUUUAAAUUAUUACCUUUUGUUGUUGAACUGGAUAGUUUGAGGUAUGGGAACAUCUGAUCCUAUUAAUUUGCAAUGCUACUCUUAGACUGCAGAAUGUAAGAACCUGGUAUCAUCCUGCUUUUUUUUUUUUUAACUUCAGUAAAGAUUCCCUGAGUAUGUGCUUUUCAGAAGUCAAAGCAGUUGAUGCAGAUGAAGU